AUGCGCGCAGAUCCGGAGUUCUUUGCAGUUGGUUUUGUUGGGGAGGUUAUUGAUUUUGCGAACCCCGAUUCUCACUGGAUCCUCACCGAAAGGUUGCGCGAGCGCCAUGCUCAGCUCAUCGCCGAGGAAGUCAACGAGAGACCUUGGGCUUGCUCGGCAGCCUAUGGCACAUUCCGUGCCAAGAACGUGGAUGACGAGACCCAAGAGGCUUUCAUUCGUAUCGUUAUGCAGAUCAACUACGUCGGCGGUGAAAUUGCGUCAGACGAAGAAAGAGCCAGCCGAGCUGUUCAGUCUCUACCGGAAAACGGACAAGAAAUGCUUGACGCGCUCGCGCUGAUGGAACAGGCGCAGUGCAGAUCAGCUCCGCGGUUGUUAGGCGUUUCAAGCAGAAUACAAGCUCUAAAAGAGCCAGUGCCCGGUGGCUUUUUCACCUGCUUGCUUCUCGAAAAGUUACCUGGCCAAAAAAUCGGCCCUUGGUUUUGGGAGCUAGAUCUUGGCCAGCGUGAUCAUAUUCGAGCUCGUUUCAAAGAGGCCUGGCUUGAGUGUGCUGCUAUUGCUAAGUAUCGCGUGGUUUCGGCACCUUCCAAGGUGUUCUGGGAUGAUACCACUCAGAGAAUCGCAUUCUAUGACUUUCUGACGGGCUGCAGAGAGGACGAUCCGAUCCGCUGGAAGGACGUGUACUUCAUUCUCUUUGGUUUGGCAAAGGCGCCUCCCCAGUAUCGCAUGUGGGGAAAGCACACGGAAAGUUCAAGUACAGAAGGCUGGACGUUUUGAUGACUGGUUUCUGGUAUCCCCAACCUGGUCUUCUUCUGUCACGCCAUCUGAUGUCUGCGACAUAACAACAGAGAGGGGAUGUGGGGACCGGAGAGGAAUUCGUCCAUUGUGAACUCGAGCGACUUGGGAAGCAAAAUGCUUUGGAGGUGUACCUGGUAGCUUGUGAUCCUUGAUAGCGUGUUCUUUUGACUUGUCGGCUUCAUUUGACGUUUGUCUCGAUAGAACUGCAAGCGGCUUUCGAGUUCGUCGGAGAGGCUUUUCAUUCUGUUCUUCAGAAUAUUUGGGAACAGAAAUCUCGACGAUCACGAAGUGCUACUUAUAGGUGUCGGACUUGGGCUGCUCUGGUGCUCGGAUCCUGUUUGAUCGACGAGGGUGUGUAGAUGCGAUCUAUAGACCUUCUAUUGUCAAUUCUGCUCACAGACGUGGUUUAAUAGCCUCGUAAGAAAUGUACCUUGAAGUCUGAGUGUGGAUUGGCUCCCUGGUAUCGUUCAUUCUCAUCUUGAACAGACAAAGACCUGAGACGAGCCUCGAGAACCUUGGUAGCCAUACUGGAUCCAAUUGCUUCCCAGCCUCCUGGAUUCAAGGGAGCGCAUUGACGGGUAUGACGAUAUUUAUGAAGAGAUCCGGCGUCGGUGACCUUGCUGUGGAAAGAAGUGUUUUUCUAGGAUCUUGUUAUGUGAAAGGCCUGAGCUCAGUAGACAUAUCUUCCUACAAAGGGGCCCCGUGGACACCUUUCCGUUGCCAUGGA